ACAAGGUAUAAUAAUAACUUCCUCUUAUCCUCUCAAUUCAAUGUUGUAGAAUCUCAAAGAUACACUCAUCUCCUGCUGUAUACUAUAUAUUUAAUAAAGUAGUUAAUGCUUCUGUGUAUCCACAAGAGCAGUAGAAAAUUGGAAAUUACUCAAGCUCUCUCUGAUCACUUCAUUUCUCCACAAUUCAUUUCAUAUUCUGAUGCAUAUCCAUAUUCAUGCCUAUGUGAAUAAUUUUUAGCAAGAGAGAAAGAGCUGAAAUUUCUCGUAGUACAAAUUUCCUCAAAAAAAAAAAAAAAACACUAGAUUUCUCCAGCUCAAACUCUCAGAGUGAUCUAAACAUUUUCUAUUUGUGAUGGAGUUACUGAAACCAAGUCCAGCAAAUUCAUCACCACUAACCCCACUAGGAUUUCUAGAGAGAUCAGCAACAGUAUAUGGUGAUUCUACAUCAAUCAUCUACAACAACAAAACUUACACAUGGAAUCAAACAAACAGUAGAUGCCUUCAACUCGCAUCAUCUUUGAAAUCAAUCAUGGGUAUUCAACGCGGAGAUGUUAUUUCAGUUUUAUCACCAAAUCUUCCUGCCAUGUAUGAGCUUCAUUUUGCUGUGCCAAUGAGUGGGGCUAUAUUAAACAACAUCAACACACGUCUUGACGCACGUACUAUUUCGGUAAUCCUUCGUCACAGCGAAUCCAAACUUGUAUUUGUUGAUAUAUUGUCUCACUCAGUAAUUCUAGAAGCUUUUUCUUUGUUUCCAUCUGAAAUCAAACCUCCUAAGCUCAUCCUUAUCACGGAUGAUGAUGAAACUGAGGAUUUAUCAUCAUCCGUUGAUCUUGAUCUUACUUAUGAGGGUUUAUUACAGAAAGGUGAUUCGGAUUUUAAGUGGGUUCGACCGGAAAGUGAGUGGGAUCCGAUGGUGUUGAACUAUACUUCAGGGACAACAUCAGCUCCGAAAGGUGUAGUUCAUUCACAUCGUGGUCUUUUCAUUAUGACCGUUGAUUCUUUAAUCGAUUGGUCUGUACCGAAACAACCUGUAUUUUUGUGGACUUUAGCAAUGUUCCAUGCGAAUGGAUGGUGUUACCCAUGGGGUAUGGCUGCAGUUGGUGGUACUAAUAUUUGUCUUCGUAAAUUUGAUGCCAAGUCAGUUUAUAGUUUGAUCCGUCAGCAUAAUGUAACUCAUAUGUGUGGUGCACCAGUUGUGCUCAACAUGUUAGCAAAUGAGCCGGGUAAAGAACCAUUACCGAACCCUGUUCAAAUUCUAACAGCUGGUGCACCGCCACCUGCGCCCGUUCUCUUUCGAACCGAAUCGUUGGGGUUCGUAGUCAGUCACGGUUACGGGUUAACUGAAACUGCAGGGCUUGUGGUGUCUUGUGCAUGGAAAUCUAAGUGGAACAAGUUACCAGCAACAGAAAGGGCUAGGCUGAAAGCAAGACAAGGAGUGAGAACAAUUGGAAUGGCUGAAAUUGAUGUGUUGGAUCCGGAAUCGGGUUUACGUGUAAAACAGGAUGGAUUAUCCCUGGGUGAGAUCGUUUUGCGAGGUGGGUCGAUUUUGUUGGGUUAUUUCAAGGAUCCAAUAGGUACCAGUAAGAGUUUGAGAGGAGAUGGUUGGUUUUACACGGGUGAUGUGGGUGUAAUGCAUUCUGAUGGUUACUUGGAGAUAAAAGACAGGUCAAAAGAUGUGAUUAUAAGUGGUGGGGAGAAUUUGAGUAGUGUGGAGGUUGAAUCUAUUUUAUAUUCGCACCCAGCUGUCAAUGAAGCUGCCGUGGUAGCUCGGCCAGAUGAGUUUUGGGGCGAAACACCUUGUGCUUUUGUUAGUUUGAAACCGGAGUCGGAUCGGCCAUCGCAAAAGGAUAUUAUGGAGUUUUGUAGAGCAAAAAUGCCUCACUAUAUGGUGCCUAAAACUGUUGUAUUUGAAGAAUCUCUUCCCAAAACAGCUACAGGAAAAAUCCAGAAAUUUGUGCUUAGGGAUAAAGCCAAAGCCAUGGGUUCAGCUAGAGUAGCGAGUCGAAUUUAAGGGUUUGUUUAGGUAGGCAAGUUCAAUUUGGACGCACAAAUAUGGUUAAUGGAGAUCCUUUUCUUCUGUUUUAUAAUGUUAAAUAGAGGUAUCAUUGUGACAUGUUUGACAGUUAUUGGAAUGAUGUUAUAUAUUUACAGUGUUACCAGAUUAUGUCAUCAUUUGAUUAGUGAGGAAUGUAAACGAAUCCUCGUUUUGUUAA